AUGUGUGUAUUGGAUUUACCUGUAAUAGGGAAUAUAUUUACUUGGGUCAAAAGUAAUGGAAGUUGUAGGAGCAGGAUUGUCAAAUUCUUGAUGACUGAAGGUUUGAUAGCAAGAUGGGAUGUUAAGGUGCAAAGGGUGGAACAUAGAGACAUCUUAGACCAUUGUCCCAUUCGGAUUCCGAAUAGUAAGAAGAAUUGGGGACCAAAACCUUUCAAGGUGUUCAAUAGAUGGUUCAAUCAUCCUAAAUUCGUUGAGUUUGUUGCUUCUUCCUGGCAGGGUUUACAGGUUGAGGGAAGUCCAACUUUUAUUCUGGCUGAGAGGCUGAGAAGCUGA